GAAGAAUUGCUUGACUAUUGGGACAAUAUGGUUAAUCCAGAGGCAACAGGAAAUCCACCACCCCCAAACAACGAUGGCAAUGCCUCCAUAUCAAGGGUUACGAUAAAAAUUCCACCGUUUUGGCACGAGAACCCGGAAAUAUGGUUCGCUCAAGUGGAAGCUCAGUUCGGCAUCACAGGUACAACAACGGAUCUGUCCAAAUUCAACACUGUUGAGAGCCGAAUCUUAAAUCAAGUUACCCAAGCAGUUUUGAAUCCCCCACAGAAUGACAAAUACGAGAAUCUCAAGAAGGGCAUACUUGUAGGCCAGCUCGGAAUCCGGGGAAUCCUUCCGGACCAGAAAAACAUCUUAACAGCCCAAUAUCCCACAUUCCCCGGAUUCCGAGCUGGCCUAAUACUUGGCAUAUUUUCCGACUCGGAACACAAGAAAAUGUCGAAAUUGCUGUCCAACAUGGCUCUAGGGGACCAGAAACCAUCGCAACUGUUAAACGAAAUGAGACGCUUAGGAGGAGUCAAUGUAACAGAAGAGUUUUUGAAAACCAUUUGGCUACAAAAACUUCCCGAGCAAACCCGAGCGAUUGUAUCAGCUGGCACGGGUAACAUGGAAGCUUUAGCUGCCAUUGCGGAUAAAGUCGAAGAAGUUAGCAACUCUAACCGUGUAUCGAACGUCAACUGCACAAAUCAAGGCACUACCAAUCAACCGAAACAGGUUGACAUCACCACGUCACUGGAACGAAAAAUUGAUGCGCUCACGAAGGCCAUUCAAUCGUUGACCAGUAGAGAUAACGUUUCUAAUCGUUCACGCUCGCUAUCAAGAGGACGAAACCGAUCGAAAAAUCGAAACUCGACACCGCAUCGAAGAUCUACAUCUUCCACGAUAUCAGAUGAUGGUAUCUGCUGGUACCACCACGUCUUCGGCGAUAAGGCAGACAAGUGUAGUUUACCUUACACACCCUGCAGCUAUGUACAAAAAAACCCAAAAAACUAAUUCGCCAGUUGUCGUCAGUGCCACCACC